GUGCGUUUUCGGGGUCAUCUUUGUGCUUCCUGGACGUGGAGUCCAUGCGGGCCGUGGGAUUUCCGCGACCGUGGAUCUGUCGGGGGUUCAGCCAGAGGGGGUGGCGUGUGUGUGGCCAGGCCUCCCACCAGCUGUAGCGGAAAGGACAAAAGCAAUAGGGGCUGCUAAAGUUUGUGCUGGGAGACCCAGGGAGGGAAGCUCUCGGGACUGGGAAGUCGGACUCGCGGACCGGGAGGCGGGAAGAGUGCCGCUCUGCGCUCUGCAAGACUCACCUCCAGAUACGGAAGAGGCUUCUGUUUGUCUGAGACGAGGCCUAGCGAAACAAGGGAAAUAGAAAUCCCACGUGGACGCAAACGGCACACUCCCCAGUCGCGUCAACCCUCCUCACCUUGCGUGUUCACCCUUAUAAAACUUGAAUCCUUACACUUUAUCAGCAACACAAACAGGGGUCUCUGGCCUGCGACGACCCGAGUGCAGGGUUGCUGACGAUCGUAGACAGUUCAUGUUCUCUGCGUGAAGAUGUAAGAGGAGAGUCUUUAAUGGCUUCUAGCUAAUAGGGAGUAUUCCUCCCAAAGAUGCAAGGGGAGACAAAUCCUAGUGCUUCCCUUAUUGACAGAACCAUCAAGAUGAGAAAAGAAACAGAAGCUAAGAAAGUGGUUUUAGCCUGGGGACUCCUAAAUGUAUCUAUGGCUGGAAUGAUAUAUACUGAAAUGACUGGAAAAUUGAUUAGUUCAUAUUAUAAUGUGACAUACUGGCCCCUCUGGUACAUUGAGCUUGCCCUUGCAUCCCUCUUCAGCCUAAAUGCCUUAUUUGAUUUUUGGAGAUAUUUCAAAUACACUGUGGCACCAACAAGUCUGGUUGUUAGCCCUGGACAGCAAACACUUUUAGGGUUGAAAACAGCUGUUGUACAGACUACUCCUCCACAUGAUCUGGCAGCAACCCAGAUCCCUCCUUCUCCACCUUCUCCUUCAAUUCAGGGUCAGAGUGUAUUGAGUUAUAGCCCAUCUCGUUCACCCAGUACCAGCCCCAAGUUCACCACCAGCUGUAUAACUGGAUAUAGCCCGCAGCUGCAAGGUCUGUCAUCAGGCGGCAGCGGUUCCUAUAGCCCAGGAGUGACUUACUCUCCCAUUAGUGGUUAUAAUAAGUUGGCAAGCUAUAGUCCCUCUCCUUCUUCUCCAUACCCUACUACUGUUGGACCAGUGGAGAGCAGUGGAUUGAGAUCUCGCUACCGUUCUUCACCCACCGUCUAUAACUCCCCUACUGACAAAGAAGACUACAUGACAGACCUACGAACUUUGGAUACUUUUCUUAGAAGUGAAGAAGAGAAACAGCACAGAGUUAAGCUGGGGAGUCCAGAUUCUACCUCGCCUUCCACCAGUCCUACUUUCUGGAACUACAAUCGUUCUAUGGGAGAUUAUGCACAAACUUUAAAGAAGUUUCAGUAUCAACUUGCCUGUAGGUCUCAGGCCCCAUGUGCUAACAAAGAUGAAGCUGAUCUCAGUUCUAAACAAGCUGCAGAGGAAGUUUGGGCAAGAGUGACUAUGAAUAGACAACUUCUUGAUCAUAUGGAUUCAUGGACAGCUAAAUUCAGAAAUUGGAUCAAUGAGACAAUAUUAGUGCCAUUGGUACAGGAGAUCGAGUCUGUCAGCACACAAAUGAGACGAAUGGGAUGUCCUGAGCUUCAGAUAGGAGAGGCUAGUAUUACUAGCUUGAAACAAGCUGCUCUGGUCAAAGCACCUCUCAUUCCAACGUUGAAUACAAUUGUGCAGUAUCUAGACCUUACACCAAAUCAGGAAUACUUGUUUGAAAGGAUCAAAGAACUUUCUCAGGGAGGCUGCAUGAGUUCAUUUCGAUGGAAUAGAGGUGGAGACUUCAAAGGACGCAAGUGGGAUACAGACCUGCCCACUGAUUCUGCUAUCAUCAUGCAUGUAUUUUGCACCUACCUCGAUUCCAGAUUACCUCCACAUCCUAAGUACCCUGAUGGAAAAACAUUUACUUCUCAGCACUUUGUUCAGACACCAAAUAAACCAGAUGUGACAAAUGAGAAUGUUUUUUGCAUUUAUCAAAGUGCUAUCAACCCUCCCCAUUAUGAGCUAAUCUACCAGCGUCAUGUCUACAAUCUUCCAAAGGGCCGAAAUAAUAUGUUUCAUACAUUGUUAAUGUUUCUUUACAUCAUAAAGACCAAAGAGUCAGGAAUGCUUGGGAGAGUUAAUCUUGGUCUGUCUGGUGUGAAUAUUUUGUGGAUUUUUGGCGAGUAGUGGGUCAUGUAAUUCCAAACAUUUGGACUUUUAUUUGACUGAACCAGAAGAAGUUGAAUCUAAGCAUCUCUGAGUAACUGGCUCUUUUGAAAUAAGAUACAUAUGUGUGUUACAGACUCUUUAGAUUUAACGAAAAAUUAGCUAUUAAGAAACUUCCUUGUAAAAGUAUGUCCUGUAUCUUCUACACCACGAGACACUACUUUCACUUUUUUUUUAUUACCUUGUAGAUUUUUCAGUUGCCUAUAAAACUGCAACCCUUCAGAUAUUUGUUGGUCCAAAUCAGUGCAAUUUCCCUGCAUUGAGAAAUUUGAGUCCUUUUUCAUUGUAACCUACAAAGGAGAACCAUCCAACUGAUUUUUCCCUGCAGAAAUUGUUUUUUUGGUUGCACUCUUUGGUGUAAACACUUAAAAAGAAAAGAGGAAAUUGCUAAUUCAGCUGUUUUAUCUCUGUACUUAACCACUGUUGUACUAGUCAGCCCAAGGCCCAUAUUUAAAGAAAAGAGGCAAACUUCGAAGUAACGCAUUAGUCCUUAUGUAUUUUUAAGUAUUAUUGAAAGAGGUUUGACAGCAUUUAAAAAAGCCAACUCUUGGAUUGAAUGUAACUGAUAGAGUUAAACUAUUGGGGCCUUAGGUUAAAAGGCUGAAGACAUCGAGAAAUGGCUGCUUUGGUUUUAAUAACUCAGUUUGACUGUUCCAUAAUAUUGUAUUAUUUUAAGAGUUCUCUAAGAUCGUACAAUAUCUGUUUAAAUUUUUUAGAUGUGUUCAGAAUAUCUGGAGAGUAAGAAGUGACUAAGUUUGUGAGUUUUGCUUGACUAUUUUCUUAUAUAUCUCUAUAUAGUAUCUCUAAAGCUAGUUAGCAAUUGCAUUUGUUUUCUGGUUUGACAUAUUAGAGACUGUUUCUAUCACAUUAUGUAAACCUGAAAACAACUAAAACCAGCAUCUUCUGAGUAACUGCCUGUUGGUCCUGUAUAUGCAGCCUAUUUUUAAUCAUUUGUAGAUUCUGUUCUUCAAACAGUUCCUGUUUUUUAAGUCUUACAUCCAAAGGAAAGGAAGUUUCUUUUAACUAGUUUUGGUGUGUGUUAAAUAUGUUUGCUAUGAUAUUUUAGAAGAAAAUAUCAAUUAAACAUGUUAAAUAUAAGAAUAUGUUAAAAUCUAUUUCAAAAGUUAUUGAAGGUGUCAUGUAGUAACAAUUGUUAUGCUGUUAAACUAUUCGGUUGCAUAUUUAUUAAAAGGAAUGAGAAGAAAAUUUUAAAUAACACAAAAGAAAGACAAAAAGUUUUUUUCUUUAUAGGACAAAACAGUUUUUAGUCCAAAAAUUCAAAGCUAUAAUAUUUUUAUUUUGUAAGUGACUGUCAAGAAAAUACCAUAUACAGGAAAUCUACAUGUGAAAAGCCUAGAGAUCCACACUAAAAAAAAAAAAAGCUGUUUUGUUUGCAUACUGUCAGUCUAGUGUGGUUACUAUGAUCUGGGUAGCUUUCCUCUAUUGACUAGUCUUCACAAAUGUUUGAGCCAACUUAUACUUUAGUGUUACUCUUUAUUCAAAAUACUUUUUUUUUAAAAAAAGAUUUUAUUUUUUCAUGAGCAACAGAGAGAGAGAGAGAGAGAGAGAGAGAGGCAGAGACACAGGCAGAGGGAGAAGCAGGCUCCAUGCAGGGAAAAUUAUUGAGUCCAUGCAGGACUCAAUCCCGGGACUCUAGGAUCAUGACCCGGCCAAAGGCAGAUGAUCAACCACUAGCCACCCAAGUGUCCCUAUUCAAAAUACUUUGAUGAAUUAGUUAGAAUUCCCACUUCAGUAAGACAGUGCACUGCAUAUAUGGGAAUUUUAUUUUGGUCUUUGUGUUAAAAUGAGUAAAUAUCUACUUUUCUCUAAUUAAAUGUUAUUUAUAGGA